AGACGCUGGGCCGGGAUCAUGGUCCGGCGUGGCCGGUCAGAGGAGCGACGGGGAGGAGCGGAAGUCCGCUGUCAGCACGCACUGCUGGACCGCCGUGCAACAUUCGACUCGACAGGGUGACUGUUACUGAACAGUGAAAAGCGCCUAUCGCUCCUGUAGUGAUGGCCGGUUGGGUCACCGGUACUGUCAGCUGCACUCUGCCGACUGCCGACUGCCGACAGUAGCAGCUGCUCGCUGACACUGCUGGGCCAGUGGUGUUUGUCAGCAGCUGCUGGUCUGGUUCGGUCCACCCGUGCACUGGGCGCUGAACCCCCCCCCCCCCGCGCAGAUGUCCGCCCUGUCGAGGCGACUAGCCCCUCAGCUCACGGACAGGUCGGCGCCAGACUAUUUCCCGCGCCCGGGCCACCGCGCGCCAAAGCCCGCUGCGUGGCGCAACGUUCAAAACUUCAAAUUCCUUCCACGCAGGCGGGAGGCGCCGCCGACCGCUCUCCUGAGCAGGCUAAUCAUCGGCUGUCGGCCGGCCGCCGCUCUAAGGAGAGCCAGGAGAGCUCGGCCGGAGAGGGCUGCAUUGCGCCACCCGGGCCAUCUGACAUGCACGCCCCGUAGGGCGCCCCCGGCACCCGCUCACCCGGUGAGAAAGUGUCUCACCGCCAGCUCACCCGGCCGGCGCCCGCCGCGCCGCUCCAGCCGUUGCUGGGCGGUGGCCGGCGUUUGUUACGCGCGCUCUGAUUGGCUCCCGGCGCUGGGCGUCGGCUGGUGCUCCGCUGAGCCGACCCGAGGGCCCCGCGCGCGCGGCGGCCCGCAGUCGCUGACGAGUCGCCGGUACGGUUGUGAGGGUCCCCAGAUCACAGUACAAAAUGCGCGAGAUUGUGCACCUCCAGGCUGGCCAGUGCGGCAACCAGAUCGGAUCAAAGUUCUGGGAGAUCAUUUCCGAUGAGCACGGCAUCGACCCGACCGGCACCUACCAUGGCGACUCGGAACUGCAGCUGGAGCGCAUCAACGUAUACUACAACGAGGCCAGCGGCGGCAAAUAUGUGCCCCGCGCCGUGCUAGUCGACCUGGAGCCGGGCACCAUGGACUCCGUGAGGUCCGGUCCCUUCGGCCAGAUCUUCCGGCCCGACAACUUCGUCUUCGGUCAGUCUGGCGCCGGCAACAACUGGGCCAAGGGUCACUACACAGAGGGCGCCGAGCUGGUGGACAGCGUCCUCGACGUGGUCCGCAAGGAGGCCGAGAGCUGCGACUGCCUGCAGGGCUUCCAGCUGACACACUCGCUUGGAGGCGGCACCGGCUCCGGCAUGGGAACCCUCCUCAUCUCUAAGAUCCGGGAAGAGUACCCCGACAGGAUCAUGAACACAUACUCUGUCGUGCCCUCGCCUAAGGUGUCGGACACCGUCGUCGAGCCGUACAAUGCCACCCUUUCCGUCCACCAACUGGUCGAAAACACAGACGAGACCUACUGCAUAGACAACGAGGCGUUGUAUGAUAUCUGUUUCCGUACCCUCAAGCUUGCCAACCCCACAUACGGUGAUCUCAACCAUCUUGUUUCUCUGUGUAUGUCUGGUGUCACCACCUGCCUCCGGUUCCCUGGUCAGCUGAACGCUGAUCUCAGGAAACUGGCCGUCAACAUGGUGCCCUUCCCGCGUCUUCACUUCUUCAUGCCCGGUUUCGCGCCCCUCACCUCUCGCGGCAGCCAGCAGUACAGGGCGCUGACCGUGCCCGAGCUCACCCAGCAGAUGUUCGACGCCAAGAACAUGAUGGCCGCCUGCGAUCCCCGGCACGGCCGCUACCUGACGGUGGCCGCUGUGUUCCGAGGACGCAUGUCCAUGAAGGAGGUCGACGAGCAGAUGCUCAACAUCCAGAACAAGAACAGCAGCUACUUCGUCGAAUGGAUCCCGAACAACGUCAAGGUUGCCGUGUGCGACAUCCCGCCCCGCGGCCUCAAGAUGUCUGCCACCUUCAUCGGUAACAGCACCGCCAUCCAGGAGCUCUUCAAGCGUAUCUCUGAGCAGUUCACCGCUAUGUUCCGGCGCAAGGCUUUCCUCCACUGGUACACCGGCGAGGGCAUGGACGAGAUGGAGUUCACCGAGGCCGAGAGCAACAUGAACGACCUGGUGUCCGAGUACCAGCAGUACCAGGAGGCCACCGCCGACGACGAGGCAGAGUUCGACGAGGAGGAGGGAGAGGAGCUCGAGGCCUAAACUCACCUGUCCUUCAGUUGCUUUCUGUUUUUGUCUCGCUGAGCCCGGGCCGGCCGUCUCGGCGAGCCGUGUGACGUCACGGUCGGUAGAGGCGGGCGUGCCCUCGCUGCUGUGGUGGUCCCCGGCCCUCCCGAUGGCUGGGCUGGUGACCGCCGGCGGCGGCGGCGGCCAAGUCAUUCAUCCAUGCCCUUCGUGUCUUGCACAUUCCCGGAUGAUUUAACUCGUGCCAGGUACGAGGAGCAUUGAUUAUGUACUGUUCCCGUUUCGUUCUUGCUACGACUACGACGAGAAUAUAAAUUAUUUUAAGAUGUA